AUGGGCUUGGACCUGACCCCUUUGUCUACGAACGAGGCUUUGAAAGCCGCCGACAAGCUCAAGCUGAGCAAGCAAGAACGGAGAAUACUCUUCGAGGCGGGCACGGAGAUGCCAGGCUCGGGAAUGACGGCCAAUGGGAUCAAGUACAGCAGUAAAGCUGAUGGCCUGUGGGUGUCGGCGCUUAGCGGCGUGCCACUCUUCGACGCAAAGGCGAAAUACAACAGUGGCACAGGCUGGCCCUCCUUCACCCAGGUGGUGGAUCCGGCCCACGUGAUCGAACGGGUGGACCCUCGGGACGUGGACGGGAAGCCCCAGUUCCUAUGGCGGGUGGAGGUGCUCGACCGAAAGAGCGGUACCCACCUCGGCCACGUCUUUGACGACGGCCCGGCUCCCACGGGGAAGCGGUACUGCAUGAACGCGGCGGCCAUG